AUGGAAGAAACGGUCGAGGAAGCGCUGAAGCUGUGGGGCGAGCUAUUCCAAAGCUCAGAGACCGCUGAGCCAGUCAAGGCCAAGUCCUCGUCUGGCAUCGUCAUGCCCACGGAGCUGCGCGUUUAUCGAGACGAUGACGCAGUGACAUCCGUGGCAAUCUGUACCGAGCGGAAGCUGCUCUUCACAGCGUCGCCGACUCAGGCCGUCCGCGCCUGGUCUCUCCUGAGCGGCGAGCGGGUUGGCGAAUACGUUGGCCACACCGACUGGGUCUAUGGAGUGAUCGUGCACGGCGGAGAACUUUACUCGUGCUCGCGCGAUCAAACGAUUCGAUCCUGGAACAUCGAGACGUUCGAGUGCACGCAGGUGUUCGAGACUGCGACCAACAACCUCAACACCAAGAAGUUCUUCGUUGCCGGCGGAGUGCUGUUCGUCACCUGCGACGACUUUGCACUGCGACUAUACAACACGCGCACGGGCAAGGUGAUCAGGGUGUUGGAGGGCCACACGCGGCCCAUCCGCUGCAUGGUCCUCUUCAAGAGCCAGCGCGAACUGUUCACCGCGUCGGGCGACGGCACCAUCCGCCGGUGGAACUUCAAGAAGGGGCUCGAGUUGGCCGUCUACAAAUGCCAUACAGAAGGCGUCACCUCCAUCACCAUCGACGAGCAGCGGCGGCUGCUCUACAGCGCUGGUCAAGAUGGAGUGGUCUGCGUGUGGGAUUUGUCCGAGGCGGGCGACAGGGCCAACAAGCAGCUCUCGGAGACGGAUGGCGAGCUCAUGCAGUACAAGCGCCGCAUCGACAACAUCAUUCAGCGAAACGCUGGUGCCCUCGUUGCCGACGACAAGUUGAUCAAAGUGACGGAUGAAGUCCUGCGGCUCAUCCAGCAAGGCGACGACGACCAGGGUGCUGUCGUGAAAGAGGAGAAUGAAGCUCCAACUACGUCGUCAGUAGUACCACCUUCACCCGCGGGGCUUCCGCCCCUCUCUCCGCGCCUGGCCCAUGCCGCCGUACAUGACGGCCAGGCCAAGGCCGCGAAGAGCAGCAGCGCCAACGCUGCCAAGGGCACGCUGCUCAAGUCGGGUCUCUUGAAGCUGGCCCGAGGCGACAGCUGGCGGACGAAGCCCGGCAGCAACAGGACCCGCGACGAGGUCAAGCACCAUCGCGACGACGACGGAAUGCGAAAGCUGCACACGGCCGACGCGAUCAUGGAAAACGCGCAGAAAACGCGCACGAAAGGUGAUGGCGCAGAGCGGGUGGUGCUGGUGGACCCGCUGGAGGACAAGCGAAAGAAGAAGGAAAAGGAGAAGGAAAAGAAGAGCAACAACGAGGAGCCGGGCAAGGCGGCGACGGGAGGGAUGAAGGUGAAGGACCAGCUCUUCCGGCUCGGAGCCACGUUUUCGUUCGACCGCAAACGGAGAGAGAAGAAGGAGGCCCAGCAGCAACAGCUGGAGGUGAAGCGGUCGAUCAGCGAAGGCGACAUGCCCGCGGUGCCCGCGACGCACAAGGAUCGCAUCCAGUGGCUCCCCGAAGACAAGUACUCGUCCAACCAGUCUCUAAUCAUCAAGCCCGCCGGGCAGCUCGAGGCGCGGAAUGUCAGGAAUGUUGAUGCCGGCAGCAGCGGCGGCGGAGCCGGCUCGGCCGAGAUGACGGCGACGGCCGAGAAGAAGGAGCACUCGAGGGAGUUCGACAUUCUCGGGUGGAUGGAGGAGCAGAUCGCGAUUCAAGACGAAAGCGAAGAGCGAAGGGAGGAGAGGGCCAAGUCCAACUCCGACGAGCGCAUGAAUCAGCCGCAGGCCGACGAGCAGAAGAGUCUCGCGGCAGAGGCCGAGCAGUACAGGGACUCGCGCCAGGAGCCAGGCGACAGCGCGCGCGAGGGUCCGUCGGUCCCAGCGGUGGAAGAGGGCAUCGAGAACAUCGCGCUGGUCGUAAUGCAGCCGUUCGCCGACAUCUCCUACAUCGAGUUUGGCACGGUGCUGUUCAAGGUCAUAUCGCUUUGCAUGCGCCUGUGCGACGCCGACCGUCGGCCGACGACGAAGCGGGAGCAGGAGCCCGAAGCAAGUGCGGUCGAUGAAGAUGACGACGAGGCGAAGCGAGUGCGAAACGAUCUUCGGCUGUCGGUGAAGGAGUUCACGCGCAACGGGAUGACCCUGCUUCAGCACAUCAAGCGCAAGGCGCUGGCGAAGGAGGCGCUCGCGGUGGGUCUGGUCGGCCUCGAGGAGGAUGCGGAUGACGUGGACUCGCGCGAGGAUGAGGGAAGCGACCGGAAGGCGUUCCUGACGGCGGCGAGAAUCAUGCUGGCGGCCGUGAAACAGCUCGCGGAGUGGCUUCACGGCCUGGGCGACAGCAAACCCGGGCGAGCCUCCCAAAGAACGAAAAGCGAAAGCGGAAGCGACGACGCGCCGCCUGCUGCCGAUGUAGAUGAGCAACAGACACAGACCCUCUUCGCGAACCUGGAGCGUCAGUGCGGCCCCGAGACCCAGCACCUCCUGGCCGAGGUCCGCAAGCCGCUAGGUGAAUCCACGCCGGCCUCAUCGGCCGCGGCCAGGGACAUCCUCGCCCUGGGCCUCCCCGUGUUCACCGAGCUCGUGGGCACCCUCAAGCGCGCCGCGGACGGCGAUGCCGUCCAGAGCGCGCAGUGGGCCGCCCUGGCCGACCGCCACCUUCUCGUCCUGAUCCAGGCCGCGCGCGCCGUGGCCUGCGCGGACAACGGCGGGUCGGCCGACCUCGAGGCCGUUCAACAGCGACGGCAGAGGCUGUUGGUGCUCGAGUGCGCGGUGGUGGUCAAGGCCAGCGAAGCGUUCCGCUGCCGCGACGACACCAUGACCGAGGCAGCCCAGGCGCUUCUGCGACAAAAGUGCGGGCAGCUGUUGGCUGCGGUUGUGCAGCUGUUGACCACCAUCCGGCACGAGUGCCCAGCCCCGAAGCGAAACGUGGACUGA